GCUUGGUAGCGGGUACUGGGCUCUUGCUUUCGAGUAGCGGUGGAAGUUCUGGAGCGGCCCUUUAGAAAUCAGAUACGAAAGCUGACGGCUAAGAAGUGUCUGUGUGUGAUUGGCUGAUCACUCCCCCGGCGCCAAUUAAGCCCAGUUUUAGAACAACGAAGCCAAUUCGAAAUGGCUGGAUGCACACUACGACCCCAUGGCCAACAUCCAUACCUUCUCCUCCUGCCUGGCACUGGCAGAUUUGCAUGGCGACGGGGAGUACAAGCUGGUGGUGGGAGACCUUGGCCCAGGUGGGCAGCAGCCCCGCCUGAAGGUGCUCAAAGGACCCACAGUGCUGACAGAAAGCCCACUGCCUGCCCUGCCAGCCUCGGCUGCCACCUUCCUCAUGGACCAACAUGAGCCCAGGACACCUGCCUUAGCACUCGCUUCAGGACCUUGUGUCUAUGUUUAUAAGAACCUUCGACCCUACUUCAAGUUCAGCCUGCCCCAGUUACCUCCAAACCCUUUGGAACAAGACCUUUGGAACCAAGCCAAAGAGGACCGGAUUGACCCCUUAACCCUGAAGGAGAUGCUGGAGGACAUCAGGGAAAAGGCAGAGGUGCCUUUGUCUGUGCAGUCACUCAGGUUUCUGCAGCUGGAGCUGAAUGAAAUGGAGGCGUUUGUGAACCAGCACAAGUCCAAGGUUAUCAAGCGUCAGACAGUCAUCACCACCAUGACCACCCUGAAGAAGAACCUGGCAGAUGAGGAUGCAGUGUCCUGUCUGGUGCUAGGCACUGAGAACAAGGAGCUCCUAGUGCUGGACCCUGAAGCUUUCACCAUUUUGACCAAGAUGAGCCUGCCCAGUGUCCCUGUCUUCCUGGAGGUUUCUGGCCAGUUUGAUGUGGAGUUCCGAUUGACUGCUGCCUGCCGAGAUGGGAGCAUCUAUAUCCUGAGAAGAGACUCCAAACACCCCAAGUACUGCAUCGAGUUGAGUGCCCAGCCUGUGGGGCUGGUCCGGGUACACAAGAUCCUGGUGGUGGGCAGCACCCAAGAGAGUCUGCAUGGCUUCACCCACAAGGGUAAGAAGCUGUGGACGGUGCAGAUGCCUGCAGCCAUCCUGACCAUGAACCUUCUGGAGCAGCGAUCCCGAGGCCUGCAAGCUGUCAUGGCCGCUUUGGCCAAUGGGGAAGUCCGGAUUUACCGUGACAAGGCCCUGCUCAAUGUCGUCCGGGCCCCUGAUGCAGUAACCAGCCUGUGCUUUGGCCGAUAUGGACGAGAAGAUAACACCCUCAUCAUGACUACUAGAGGUGGGGGCCUGAUCAUCAAGAUCCUGAAGCGCACAGCAGUGUUUGUGGAAGGGACAGGCGAGGUGGGCCCACCGCUAGCACAGACAACAAAACUCAGUGUGCCCCGAAAGACCCGGCUGUAUGUGGAUCAGACCCUACGGGAGCGAGAAGCUGGCACAGUCAUGCACCGGACCUUCCAGACUGACCUCUACCUGCUGCGUCUACGAGCUGCCAGAGCCUAUGUUCAGGCCCUGGAGUCCAGCCUGAGCCCCAUGUCAGCCACAGCUCGGGAGCCACUCAAGCUGCACGCUGUGGUUCAAGGCCUGGGCCCCACCUUUAAGCUCACACUUCACCUGCAGAAUACCUCAACGGCUCGGCCAGUACUGGGGCUACAGGUCUGCUUCCUGUACAACGAGGCAUUUUAUGCCCUGCCUCGGGCCUUCUUUAAGGUUCCCUUGCUGGUGCCAGGACUCAGUUACCCACUGGAGACCUUUGUAGAGAGUCUCAGCAGCAAGGGCAUCUCAGACAUAAUCAAGGUGCUCGUGCUCCGGGAAGGCCAGAGUGCACCCCUGCUGAGUGCCCACAUCAACAUGCCUGUGAGUGAAGGUCUGGCAGCUGCCUGAGCCCUGGGCCAGCAUUCAAGCCUCCACAAGAUGAAGCCAGUCAGAUCCAGUGACUUCCAGUGUCACCAGACUACUUCCCCCCAACAGCAGUGUAGUGAGACAUCAGCUCCCUGUUCCUGUCAGACAGUCCCUUGCUCCCCACCUCGGCAAGUGGGCCUGAGCAACAAGACAUGGAGUGUUCAGUCAGGUCCUCCCCCCUCAGAACCCACCCAAUUACUGUCCCUUAGUUCCUGAUGCCUACCACUCUCCCCAGCUCUUGAAAGACACCUCCCCAGGUCCCAGGACGAGAUCUGAGAUGGUCAGUGUAAGCAAAGCGCCAGUCCAUCCUUCCUCCCCUCCUUCCUUCCUCCUUCCUUCCUUCCUUCCACUUACCUAUUUCAGAUCAAGGCCACAGUUGAUCAAGGGCUCCAGACGUCAGCUGGUACCAAUCCCUCUGCUGCCCUUUGAAGUUUCAGGGACACGGAUGCUGCCAGCCUAAUUUACAGGCACAUGUGCUAAGCCUCCUCAGCUGAAGAGAGGCUCCACUUUCUACCCUGAAGCCCAGCAGUCACGGGGCUCUGUCUUAGAGUAGCCACAGAGAUUGCCUGAGGAGGUGAUGUGGAAGAAGGGAUCUAUGUGAGGAGCUAGGUUCACACAGCAGCUGCUCCUGAUGUGGAUGCUCCUGUCCAGAGAUAGUGUUCUGAAAUGGAAUGCCAAGCAAGAUAGCACAGCUAGGGCUGGUGGCACCGGGAGAGGUGUUUCUGGGACCUGGGAAGUGACCCAAGAGGCAGAUGCUGACAAGUGCCUAUCAGAAUGCACUUAGGUCCAGGAGUUCAAGAUGGUCCUGAGGGUGGCAUGUUUACUGUGCAGUGGCCAGAAUAUGCCUGAGACCACUGAAAAGGUACACAGCAGGGGUAUGGAAUAAAGCUGAAGACUAAAGGAAGAUGUGUUUAGAUCUCAAGUGCUGGGACCCCUGGCCCUCCAGACUAUUCUGAAUCACUUGGGAACCAGGAGCCCUGCUCCAUGGAGAGCACAUUUUUCUAGUCGAAUCAGGUUCACCUGCUGUGUGGCAGCCAGCUCAGUCUUGCAGGCUUCCACCUCCUCUCCAGUAAAGACAGACGUUGGCCCGCAUUAAUUCUAAACCGUUGUCAGCUCUAACACCAUUAGAGCUUGGCAGCUCCUCAGGAGGAAGGAAAGAAUUGGUCCAAGAAGGUGAUACGUCACUACACAGCUUUUGUCCACAAAACCAAUGUCUCCAAGCUGGCCACCACUGCCCAGUAACAACCUUUGUGCCCACCCAGGGACCAGGGUGACACUGCCUACCUUGUCCCUUCCAAGGGUACUUCAGGAGCCAGACUAAGAGACACUGAGUCUGGACCAAAGAAACAGCCCAAGCCCUCGAGACAGGCACUGUGUGAGCAAGGAUAGCCAGGGGGCACAGCAGGACUAAGUGGGAGGUCUGACUGGAGAUGGGAGAUGAGAGGUGGGAGGAGUGUUGCUGUGAGUCAGAGACCCCAGCCUAACCUGCAACACUAAACAGGGAAGGAAGGUCUGCCCGAGGUGUUGAGCCCCUUGUCACUGUGCCCCGUGUCACUGGUGAAUGGGGCUAUCACAGGGCCAGGUCGUGUGUUGGAUCAUGACACUCCACUUUCACCCAAGUCAAGCUGUGAAAUCAGAACAAAAAUAUUUGAUGUGUGCUCUCUCCAUAACUAUCUGUGAUGAUCCAAAUUGGUGAGACAUAUGCCCAGGCCCUACCAUGAAACACAGUGUUGUAUUACUCUUGCCUAGUAAGAAAUGUGUGACAUGUACCUUAUGCACAUAAAAGAACCAUCAACAGUGCAGAGCAUCCAAUACUCAGAGUGAGAGCUCUAAGAAAUUGUGAACCUUAAGGAUGAGAUGAGUCUAUGAAACACAUACCUAUGUAGUCAUCUGGAAUAGACUAUUUAAAAUAAAAUGCACUCUUCCCAUUCCACAGGACCAUUCCUGUACAGCAGCCAUUUUCAUUAACUAUUUUAAAUUCUUUUCAGAUGUGUGUGGGUAGGAGGAGGUAUGUCUGUGAGUACAGAUACCCAAGGAGGCCAGAAGAGGGCAUUGGAUCCCCAGGAGCCAGAGUUACAGGUGGUUGAGCUACCCUGUAUGAAUGCUGGCAGCCACACGUGGGUCGUGGGUCAUUGGCAAGAGUAAGGGCUCUGCAGCCCCUCUCCACUCUCACUUUGGUGAUCCAUCUCAGACAUUACCUGUUGACUCCCUGUUGUAAGAGGUUAGUCUUUGGUGCUCUUGAGAUGCCCUGUUCUCCAUGCUGUAGGUCGUGGGUACUCACUGCUUACAUUGCUGUUUAUAUUGAUUUGUGAAAGUCUCAGUAAAACUGAGAAUUAGGGGUUGGGGAUUUAGCUCAGUGGUAGAGGGCUUGCCUAGCAAUCGCAAGGCCCUGGGCUCAGUCCCCAGCUCCGAAAAACAGAAAAAGGAAAAAAACAAAAAACAAAAAACAAAAAAAUCCCUGAGAAUUAACUAUAACCAUUUUUCAAAUUUUAGAUGUUUUCAUGGAAUUGGUACUUGCUUAGUUUUCUAAUAUACCACUGAAAAUUCUCCCAUCCAACCUCAGUUCUUUUCUUGGGACACUUCCUUCAUACCUUGCUUUUCUGUAGACUUCUCUGUAAGAAAGUUCCCCUUCCUGUUAUCCCAGAGUUGGAUCCCCUGAUUCCUGGGUUCCAUGUCUUCUUUCUUAUUCUGCCCUCAUUGGGUAAAGCAUACCCACAGGUAACUUCAUUUCUGGUUGUCAGCUUGGCUACAUCUGAAAUGAACUAUACUCCGGAAAUGGAGGGCUCACCUGUGAUCCAGACCUUGAGGCUGGAAGACAGGCUUUUCUGGUUUGGAUCUUGAAGCAUAGUGACCAUGAGAAGUUUAGGCCAGGGAAGGCAAUCCAUGCCUUUAUCCCCAGGAGACAGAGGCAAGCAUAUCUCUAAAUUCCAACCAGCCUGAGGCGGAACAAAUUCCAAGUGAAGGACAGCUUAGGUCCAGGCGUGACAGACACACCUUCUGCUGGAGGCCUACAUCGGGACAGUGGAAGAAGGAAGGCUGCUUCUUUGCCUGCUUGCUUCCUUGUUACUUGCCAGCACAUCAGUUGGAGCCUACUUCUUCAGGAUUCCAGCUUAUACAGAAGACCAGCUUAAACCCCACGUCUUGUGGGACUGAGCAACUACUAGACUCCUGGACUUGCCAUCAUAGCUGCCCAUUGCUAUGGAUUGCAGCCUGUAAGUCAUCCCAAUAAAUUCCCUUUAUAGAGA